AUGCCACGCACCCCCGCUCCAGGAUUUGUGGGAGAUGCUGGAGGACUGAGGGCGGCUCCAGCAGUGCUGCUUGUCAACGCCUGCCUGUGGCUUCCCUCCACCCACCCCGCGCUGCUCCCAGCCCUGCCCUCCCUGCCCACGUAUUUUCACUCCUGCUUGAAGCAGGCUCAGCACGGCGGCAGAGCUGCCAUGGCAGCCAGAGCUUCCCACUGGCACAGCUACCUCGGGGCGAUUGUGUCCCGCGAGAGGCAGUGGCUGGAGCAUUUCCAGAAGGCCGAGGACAUCCUGCUGACCCUGUUGGAGGGCGUCCAUGCCAGGGAGCCCCGUUUCCUUGUGGACUAUGCCAGGAACCUGGAAGCCUUUGAGUUCGCUCUCCGCGCCUCUGAGGAUGCUGUCAUCAUGGAAGUUCCCCUGCGGAUCGACGGCAACGCCCUGCGGGUGCUGGCAUGCCAGCCUGGGGACACCCCGGAUGGGCACCAUGCGGAGCUGGGCACCUGCUAUCUGGAAGUGUCCUCUCCAGGGACCGACCUGGAGGACUGGACCAGCACUGUGGGCGUGAUGGAGCGGGGAGGUGGUGCGGGGUGCCUGGUCCCGGGCAAAGUCCUCCAGCACCUGAAAGAGCUCCUUGUUUCGGCCAUUGUGCGCUGCCAACACUGCUUCGUGCUUCAGCCAGGUGACCUCAGUGCUGAAAGCCUGCAGGAAGAUGCCAUGGAGCUCUCCCUGCUGAUCCGUGGAGGUUGGAAGACCAUCCGUUUUGACAUCGUCCCUGUGGUGAGGAGGCAGCAGGAGCCUCUCCGGCUCAAGGGGCGGCGGAGAGACAGGAGCUUCCCCGAAGGCAGCCUCCAGAAGGCCACAGAAGAGGCCCACUUCAUCCCUGCCUCUCCCCACUGCUGGAGAUCCUCUACUCACAUCCCCAUCCUGAAGCUGCUCCAGGAGGUGGACACGCUGAAGGGAUCCCAUCUGGACAGCCUCCGCCUGCUCAAUCAGCUCCGCAGCCAGGACUGGAGAGAGGAGGGUGGAGAAGGUGGUCUCACCUUCAACCACCUGAAGAUGGUGCUGCUGUGGAGCACGGAGCUCUUUCCCUCCCCAGAGGACUGGCAGGACCUGGAGGGCUCUGUCUACAGGCUCUUGGUGAUCCUCCUCCGCUGCCUGGCCACCCGGCACCUGCCCCACUUCCUGCACCCGGAGGAGAACCUCUUCCAAGGAGAGGCCCUGGUCCUCGCCUCCCUCUACUGCAAGGUGGAGAGCUUCGCUCGGGACCCUCGACGCUUCCUCCGCUUCCAUUUUGGCCUCCCUGCACACACUGACAACUGGCAGGCAGAUCCCAGCACCCAAGCCCUCCUGCAUCUCCCCACCAAGGACCGGUCCUACUGGGACACAUCCUACUUUGACAUCCUGCUCAGCCAGUUCCAGGUGUACCGGAUCCAGGAUGGCACGCGCCACUCAGCAAUGUCCCAGCUUCUCUCCAAGAUCCGGCGAGAAAUCCUCCAGCAGAGCUGAGCAGGACCCUGCUGCUGCCCCAUCUGGGUGUCUCUAAACUCAGGGGGCUGCAAGGCGAGCUACAGGACCAGGGAGCAGCAUGCUGCCAUGUCACUUUAUUGAGGAAAGAUGGUACCGAGGAGCGAGCACAGGUCUGCUGCAGCUGGGUGGGAAUGCAUGGCCUCUGGAGUUCCCUGGUAGAGCUGGACACUGGGUCAGGGUACCUAAUCUGGGGGGGGAUGGAUAGCGUCCUGUGCUGGUGGGCUCUGGUGUAGGGAUGACGAGGGUGAUGGUGGUGGGAGGGAAAGAGAUCUGUGGUCAGACCCUGCAUCCAGCCCUCGUGUAAGUUUGCAGUGGGGCUGCAAUACCCUGGGGAAAGGGAGUAACUGGGAGGCCAGGCCAUCAAAGUGACGGGUGACCCUGUGUGGGGACUAAGAGGUUUUGAGCCACAUCCCAUGUCUGCUGAGCUGCAGCCCUCACCUCCACGUCCCUUUGCUCUUCCAACUUCUCUUUCCCACUCUGGCUUGGGUUGCUGGGUGUUGCAGCCUUUCCUGCCAGCAUCUCAAGGAGGCAGUGGAGCCCCUCUGCCUGCCAGCUGCCUGCAGCCUGGCAUGGGGGGGGAAGUGCCGCGCCGCCUCGUCCGGACCCUGAUUUUG